GGGUGGUGGGAUUACAGGCAUGUACCACCACACCCGGCUUAGCGGGACCAUCUUCCUGUGAGUAUGAGAGAUACCCCAAGAAAACAGCAACAACAACACAGGAGAGAAACAAAGAGGGACAGAGAGACAUAGAGAGGACCCAGAGAGACCCAGGGCUGGCAAGGGUGGCAGCUGCGAGAGGAGGCGGGUCCUGAGGGGCUGCGCCCCAGGAGAGGGGGCGGGGCGGGCUGGGGAGGGGACCCAGCCAGGCAGCUGCUCUGAGCCUCUCUCUGGCUGCAGUCAUCCCAGCCGUGGGCAGCAACAGCCUGCUGCAGCCAUGUCCAACAACAUGGCCAAGAUCGCCGAAGCCCGAAAGACGGUGGAACAGCUGAAGCUGGAAGUGAACAUCGAUCGCAUGAAGGUGUCGCAGGCCGCGGCCGAGCUCCUGGCUUUCUGCGAGACGCACGCUAAAGACGACCCGCUGGUGACGCCGGUACCUGCCGCCGAGAAUCCCUUCCGCGACAAGCGCCUCUUCUGCGUCCUCCUGUGAGCCCUCCCGAAAGCUUACCCUGCCCUGCCAAGUACGAGUCCA